GGGAAAGCGUGGUUAUUGGAACUAACUCAACGGUCGCCCACACAUUUAUUUAGUUGCAUGGAUGCCUGCAUCUUCAACCCGCCCCCUCACGGCGGCCCCUAAUCAUUGUUCCUUCCUUGAUCAAAUAUUGUUUUGCUCAGAAAGAACCACAAUUAAUCAUUACUAUUAUAAUCAAAUGGCUUCUUGAUUGUCGAUGGCCUCUUUCCAAGUCGAGAUCGUCCCCUCCUCUCCCUUCUUCCAGAACAAUCUCAACAACUUGGAUCUGGGCGAUCUGUGGGUUCACCAACCGCAAUGGCAAACCGCCACCGAUGCUCAAUGCGGCAGCAGCAAGGACAAAUGGGCUCGGGCGAGGGAGAUUGUAUUUCCCGCCAACGCCACUCCUCCCAAGGCCCCCCAUAAUCCGAAUGCUGGCGGCGUGUCUUCCCUGGUCCAGAAAUGGAGAGGCUUCGAGGCAGGGUCGGGGGCGGGCAAGCGCGUGGCGCCCCCUCCCCCUCCCCUCCCCCCCGCCCCCCUCCCCAUGGACGACGACUCUAUCGGUGACUGGGAGUCCGACAGAACUGUGUUGAGCGGUCGGUCUUCCAUUCGCGGGAGGGAUUCUGACGCCACCGAGAGCGAGAGGCUCAGAGUGGUCGACAUUAUCAGAAAACUGACGCCCAACGAAGCUGGCUCCGUCUCCCCUCCUCGCAUUAGGACGUCCUUGGAUCAAGCGUACGUCUCCCCGUCGCCGCGCAUCAGGGGCCGCCAGGCCUACCUUGAUCUGCUCGCACAGAGGAACCGAGAUAGGCGUAAGGAGAUUCAUGCGUUGCAUGCCCGUAAAUCCGUUUCUAAAUUCUCUCAUCGAGGCCGCAUUCAGGCUGUGCUUAAGCUUAAGUUGCUGCGUCGUGGCAUGGAACCCAAUACCAUUCCCUUUCCCUCGCCAAAACCUAUCAAUUUCAGGCCACGAGUCAAUCAAAAAGCCCAAAACAGUAGUACGGUGCAUUUUGAGAAAGAGCCAAAAGAUAUUACUCCAAACUCAAACUCAGCGGAUCAAGUAAGAAAACAGGACAACAGAUGCAGUAAUGCCAAGAGUUGUCUCAGGGCACAGGAAGAUGAAGAAACAUUUAUCAGGCAAGAAACAAGCCAUAAGUCAGCUGAAACCGAGCCACCCAAAUCCAAUGAAAACAAGGUAGAUGGGGAGUCUGGCAAUCAAGGAGGGUCGUCCAUCCAGCUGCAAAUGGUAGAAACUGAAGCAUACUGGGUGGCUGAUUUUGCACAUCCUGAAGAUGGAUGGGAAGAUUUGCAGUCUGAUUACCAAUCGAAAGAAGCAAACAACAGAGACUGGAUUGAAGAAGUAUCACGCCCACGUAGCGACUGGGAAUAUCUCAGGCAGGAAAGGUACCAGGAGAUGCUUGAUCCCUUCUCCGAAAAUGAAGAGAUUCGUCUACUCCUAUGCAGAAAAAGCGUGUCAAGUUUUCUGUCCAGUAGUAUGAGGGAAAAAAUUGAUCAACUUAUGAUAACUCGUAGUCAAGGACAACAAACGGAAGGCAAAAAUCACCAAGUAAUGAAGAAAGGAGAAGAGGGAGAUUAUUUUUAUGAAUAUGAAGAAGCUGCGAGCUCAAUGGGACAACAGUUUACUGAAUGUGAUCAGCAUGAAUAUGUAGAUGCUACGACAUCUCAUCAGAAUGAGAAACAGAAGCAGAAUCAAGGUGAAGAACCAAGUGAAUGCUCGUAUCAAGCAGCCUCUCCUUCCACGCAACAAUCUUCCACCAAUUACUGCUCUCAGGAUAUGACCGGUCGUAACUCCUCGUAUAGUACCCAUCCUACAUUCGAAAUGGAAAUCAUAUAUGACUUGAGAAGGCAUAUGGAGCAACUGCAUCAGGAGAUAUCCGAACUCAGAAAAUCAAUGAAAUGCUGCACGGAUAUGCAGAUCAAAAUGCACCGCUCCAUCAAGAAGGAAGUUGCGGCCGCUCUCGCUCAUCCCGAUGCAAAGAAUGGACGGCGGCAUCCGGUGAAAAGGGGCACGAAUGGAAGAAGUAGAUGCUGCGUGUGCAGCAAAGUGCAAGUCGACUGUGUUCUCUACAAGUGCGGCCACAUGUGUACCUGCUUCGACUGCGCCAACGAGCUGCACAGAUGCCCAAUAUGUAGUGCUCAAAUACUGGACGUGGUCCGCACACACUCCAAUUUUUGAUUGCUUCAGCUCGCUCCAUAUCGCUCUUGCUCUUGUCUAAUACAUCCUCCUUUCUCUCAUCAUCAUCGUCAUAUUUCAUCAACAUCCAAUUCCUUGUAAUCUUGCCUAGUUCACCUCCACCAAUUUGCUUUAAUUAUUUUGGUGCUGGAUUUUAGUAUGUAGAAACUAAUUAACAAUAUUCUGUACAUAAGCAUAUAUUUAUAUAUAUUAUAUAUAAAUGGUGGAUUGGUGGUAGGAUGAAUUAAUGUAACUCUUCUUGUCUUCA